AUUCCGCGACGUGAAAAAUCUUUUCAAAUCGAAACCACAUGACGACUGUGUAAUAUGCUAGUAUGUAUUUGCAUGUAGAUUCCAAUUGGGAAUCUUGGAAUGGAUUCAUAAGACGGUGGUGAAAUGUCAUCGGGUGGCAAGUACCGUGAUCAUGGCGCCGGAGAUUUGGAAUCCGGCGGCGCCCAAACUCCGGCCAGAAACAGCAUUGCAUCUGAUCUUUUAAAGCGUUUGGAUCGAGGCUUGUCAGGUUCGAGUCGCCGGCUAAAAGUCAAACUCCGGACUGACAGGGCCGGCCGCCGACUCUCUUCUUCUCCUUCGCCGAUUUCUGAUCGCAGUUUUAGCAGCAAUGACGGCGCCGGAGGUGAUGGAAAUGAUAUUCUUGGAGACAGUGCACCGCCGGAGUGGGCGUUGCUACUCAUCGGAUGCCUACUGGGUGUUGCUACGGGUCUUUUUGUAGCUGCUUUUAACCGCGGGGUACAUGUAAUACAUGAAUGGGCAUGGGCUGGUACCCCGAAUGAAGGUGCUGCUUGGCUUCGUUUACAGAGGCUAGCUGAUACAUGGCAUCGCAUACUUCUAAUACCAUUAUUAGGUGGAGUUGUUGUUGGAGUUUUGCAUGGCGUACUUGAAUUAUUGAAUCAAAUCAAUCAGUCCACUUCUUCUCAAGGGCAAGGCUUCGACGUGCUUGCUGGAAUCCUCCCAGUGGUAAAGGCUAUUCAGGCUGCUGUAACAUUGGGUACUGGUUGUUCUUUAGGUCCUGAAGGCCCUAGCGUAGAUAUUGGAAAAUCUUGUGCCCAUGGAUUCUCUGUGAUAAUGGAGAACAAUAGAGAAAGGAUGAUUAAACUUAUUGCUGCUGGUGCAGCUGCUGGAAUUUCUGCAGGUUUCAAUGCAGCAGUUGCUGGUUGUUUCUUUGCUAUUGAAACCGUGCUGAGGCCUCUCCAUGCUGAAAACUCUCCUCCAUUUACAACAGCAAUGAUAAUUUUGGCUUCUGUUAUUUCUUCUACUGUAUCGAAUGCCAUACUUGGAGAGAAACAGGCUUUCACAGUGCCCACGUAUGACUUGAAAUCUGCUGCUGAGCUACCUUUAUACCUUAUAUUGGGAAUGUUAUGUGGAGUGGUAAGCGUGGCUUUCACUCGCUUGGUAGAUUGGUUUACUGAGGCAUUUCAGUUGAUAAAAGUAAAAUUUGGGCUACCAGAUGUUGUUUGCCCUGCUUUGGGCGGUUUAGGAGCCGGGCUAAUAGCUCUCAAGUAUCCCGGAAUACUAUAUUGGGGUUUCACUAAUGUUAACGAAAUUCUACAUACUGGAAAGACUGCAUCAGCUCCGGGAAUCUGGCUUCUAGCUCAAUUAUCCUCUGCAAAAGUUGUGGCCACUGCUCUUUGCAAGGGGUCAGGACUUGUCGGUGGCCUUUAUGCUCCGAGUUUGAUGGUUGGUGCUGCUAUUGGUGCUGUAUUUGGGGGUUGUGCAGGAGAGCUGAUCAAUUCGGCCAUUCCUGGAGAUGCUUCUAUUGCUCAGCCUCAGGCUUAUGCACUGGUUGGAAUGGCUGCAACAUUAGCUUCUGUUUGUUCGGUACCUUUGACAUCAGUUCUCCUCCUCUUUGAGCUAACUAAAGACUACAGGAUAUUGCUUCCUCUCAUGGGAGCUGUUGGAUUGGCUAUAUGGGUGCCUUCUGUGGCAACUCAAGCUCAGGAAACAGGUGUGUCGGAUGAAAGGGAUUUGUUAAGAGGUUAUUCCAUUCUUUCGCCCACUGGAAACAAAAUUGAAGAUGAUAUAUGGAGAAAGCCUGAUGAAGGGAAUGACUUAGAACUCUCGGUUUUUGGAAAUUCCAGCGACUACGAACCAAAGGAUGUAGAUAUUGUUCUGGAAGAUCUAAAGGUUUCUCAGGCUAUGUCAAACAACUAUUUGAAGGUGUCUCUGACCCAAACUCUAAAAGAUGCUCUGAAGUGCAUGCACGAUGGUCAACGGAAUUGUGUUCUAGUUGUUGAUGGAGAAGAUUAUUUGGAAGGAAUUUUAACUUAAGGUGAUAUCAGACGGUAUCGACACAAGAAGAUGGGUUAUUCUUCUACCGGUGACACACCGAAUCCAGAUGCAAGUACAUGUCAUGUAUCUUCUAUAUGCACACGUAGUGUAAGUCAUCGCCCUCGAGAGCAUGGGCUUUUGAUUUGUUAUCCUGAUACCGAUCUGGUAACUGCUAAGCAACUAAUGGAGGCUAAGGGGAUCAACCAAUUGCCGGUGGUUAAACGUGGCGGAGAUGCUCAAAGUGGGAGAAAAAGAAGGGUUGCUGCUAUUCUGUAUUACGAUUCAAUCUGGAAUUCUCUCAGGUUUUGCUCAUUUUGGUUUGUGGUUAUAGGAACUUACUUUUAUG